UAAGGCGCACCCGAGGCGGUGCCGUUCAAUCGAAACAAGGAACUCCGUUACAGUCUCUCUUUUUUUUUAUGCUUUUUUUUGUUUACCUGUUUUGUAAAUGCAAUUUUCUGAGCAUCGUAUCUACAUAUAAGUUGUUUAGUAGGGGAAUCUGAGGGCUGUAAAGAAGUGGGUUUGAUUAAGAUUUAAAUAAUGAUUCGAGAAAUGUUUUUAGUAUGAUUGAAUCUUCGUUACUGACUAAGACCAGAGUACAAAAAUCAGGCUAAUAUUAGCUGGUCGACUUGCUCAGGCUGAAGAAACAUCUUUAGUCGGCUGUAAGUGACGAAAUCAGAAGACAUUCUGAACGGGUACAAAAUUGGCAGUUUAAAUUGUAAUAAUAAUGAAGAAACUGAAAUCAAGAAUAGCAACAGAAUCUGGCCGUGUUCUUUAGUAAUAACACACGAUGUCUUCGCUAGGCCUUAGAAUUCUACGUAUAAAGUGAAAUGGUAACCCACAUUGAUGCACGGUUGCGACUUUACUACAGGGAAAGCUCUGAGAAUGGGAUUGACAACCCCUUCCGGCCUGAAGGAGACUUGAGUAAAGAAGCUGAAUCCAUAGUUUGUCUGAUCAAAGAAGGGAAGCCAAUCACACCUAACAAGGAGAAACAGGAAGACUGUAGAAUAGAAGAUUCUCUUCAGACACCAAACAUGGAUGAAUUGGAUACACCAAAGCAAGAACAGGUAGUGGCUAACAAUGUUACUUCUGCCAAGCCUGAUGUAAAUGGAGCUCCACUGAAGACUACCAGUUCAGCAGUGCCAGCUGUUGUAGAAGUUCAGCAUGGAAUUAUUGCACCAUCUGAUUCGUCCCAAGUGGAACCAGUGGUUAUCAAGAAGAAACCAAAAUGCAGAUGUUGUGUUCUUCAGUAGCAAUGGAUUAACUUACAGUAUACCAGUAUAUAUACAUGGACCAAUCAGAAUACUCUGACAAUAAGUUGAAUUAAAUGGUUCUUUACAUUUUUUUGGCUUUCUGUUGGCCAAACUUAAACUUUAUGGUUUCGUUUUGUUAAAACUACUUGUGUUUUUAUUUCUCUGAAGAAAGGUUUAUAAACUGCAGCCAAGCAGCAUAUUUCUAUAUGUGCCUUGGUAGAGACUUGUAUGGCUACGGAAUUUUUAGAAGAUUCGUUGUUACGGAGCAGCUACGAGUUAUUACGACAAGAAUUUAGUAUAAUAUUUCUAAACCAGUCAAGCUAGUAAGUGUGAUGUUGUAUUUUGUAUUAGAUCUGCCAACAGAGAUCUUUCUCAUGAAGUGCUACGUUUUUCAGAUACCUGAAAUACUCAAUCACAAAAUAGUGGGCUAACUUUUCUGACAGCAUUACUGUCUCACCAUAACUUAAACAAUUAGUAGGAGGAAAAACAUGAGUAAUUGGAUUAUUAAAAACAGAAAGAAGGAAAUUGUCGUUGGUUGAGAGUAUUGGUUAUUUGGAUGUAUGAAGAAUGUUAUUGAACAUGUUGAAAUAAUAGUGUUUGCAAUAUUCUUCAGGCCUUAAACUUCUGUUUAAAAAAUAAAUACCGUAUUUUGUGCUAUUAUUGAAAAUUAUAACUUGCUUAGUCAUUUCGAUUGACCUCUGUACUGAGCGUUAUAAAUUCUCAGACAAAGUAAGAAAUGUGAAAUUUUUGGACAGUAGUCUAUGAAUUCUGUAGAGUGAAAUAGUGUAGUUGAAUCUCAGUUGGUUUUCUUUAAAUUAAAACUCUUAAGAAAAUGUCAAAUCUCGAACUUGCAUAUUAAAGAAAAUUGAGGAUUUCAAAGUCUUGGCUUUAACUCAAAUGUUAUGAGUACAAGUUAGGUAUGGCUCAAUCUGGAUAACUUGCUUUAAAAUAUAUGUGAAGGGUAGAGAAUGUUCAAAAUCUGGACACAUUGAAUUACCAUAAGAAAGGAAUGUUCAAAAUCUGGACACAUUGAAUUACCAUAAGAAAGGAAUGUUCAAAAUCUGGACACAUUGAAUUACCAUAAGAAAGGAAUGUUCAAAAUCUGGACACAUUGAAUUACCAUAAGAAAGGAAUGUUCAAAAUCUGGACACAUUAAAUUACUAUAAGGAAGGAAUGUAAUGAGAAGUGGGGAAUGUAAAAAUCUGGACACACUAAAUUACAAGUAAUAAGAUAGAAUUGAUAAAACUAGCACAUUAAGUUAUGAGAUAUAAAAAGUAGGGAAUGAAAAAUCUGGGCACUAAGUUACAAGUAAUAAGAUAGAAUUGAUAAAACCAGCACAUUAAGUUACGAGAUAUAAGAAGUGGUGAAUGGUAAAAUCUGGGCACUAAGUUACACUAAUAAGAAUUUAAAAUCUGGACAUUAGGUUACAUGUAAUAAGUGAGGAAUGUAAUAUCUGGGUGCUAAGUUAUAACUAAUAAUCUGGACACUAAGGUACAAGUCAUAUAAAGUUAAAAUCUGAGCUAUUCUUUUGUAAAUUACAAAUAUGCUCUCUAAGCACCAAUAAUUAGAAA